UUGAGAGUAGACAGUUGAGACAGGUUGUUAAUUGUCGAACAUAUAAUAAUGUAACAAGUUUUGGAUUUCCAGAUAUUAGACCAGAUGAAGAAAGUAGACGAAAAUGAGUCAAAGCCAAAAGUUUCAGAAUAUUUGCCCAGAUGUGGUGUUACUGUUGAUUUAUAUUAUCCAGAACAAAUGUCAAAAGAUCAACUACUAGAAAUAUUUGAACGUCGAGGUUUCAAAUCUUUAGUAUCCAAUGUAAAUACAUUAGAACAGAUUGUCAAUCUUUAUUAUGAUCAUCUUAUACCAAAAUGUAAUCGAAAAGAAUCGAUACAUGAAUUAGUUGAAUCAACAACUAUCCAUACUUCUAUUGAUGAUGAUGAUGAUGAUGACGAUGAUGACGGUGAUGACGAUGAUGAUGAUAAUGACGGUGAUCAUAGUAAUUUAUCAAACGAAAAAGUCAACUUGAAUGAAAUAACUAAACAUAAAUCAAAUUUCGAUAAUUUAGAUCAUUUAAUUAUUACUUAUGAUGAAAAACGUUUCACUCCUUGUUCUAUUAAAACUUUACCGUCAAAAGAACAUAAUCUUCCUGUAAUGAUCAAUCAAUCAAUAUGUAAAACAUCAAAUAUACCUUUAGGCGGUAUCGAUAAAGAUAAUAUUCAUCGUGUACCUUCUCAAUUAAUCAAUGAUAACUCUACACAUUCUAGAAUCAAUGAUCAAUCAUUAAAAUCAAUGAAAAAACGACCAAAAAUUAAUCGUAACUUUGAAACUCUUACAAAUAAUAUUUAACUUAUUGUAUAUGUAAAUGAUAUACUAUUUUAUCCUACAAAAUUUAUAUCUUUUACCAUGUAUAACUUGUUUUUGUUUUUGUUUUUGUUGUUUCAAAGAAAACAAAUUGAAAACGAAGAGUAACACAUAUGUAAAUAUAUAUACUUGAAGAACUCUGC